AUGUCCAAAAUCCACAUCCGUACCAAUAACGCGCCGGCACCCGCCCCCUUCCUUUCCCAGGCCACGGUCGUCGGGAAUAUUGUCUUCUGUUCUGGCCAACUGGGCAUCGAUCCCAAGACAGGGAAGAUGGUUGAGGGUACAGUGAAAGACCGAACUCGCCAAAUCAUCAAGAACUUGUCCGCGGUGCUCGAAGCAAGCGGCUCGAGUCUAGCCGACGUUGCGAAGGUGAACGUCUUCCUAGCCGAUAUGAAGGACUUCCAGGAUAUGAAUGAGGUUUACAUGGAGGGCUUUCCAGAGCCGAGACCGGCGCGAACGUGCGUGUGUGUUAAGACCUUGCCCAUGAACUCCGACGUAGAGAUUGAGUGCUCAGCUGUUGUGACGCGACCCACCAAGGCGAAGCUUUGA